AUGAUACUUGUGAGGCAUGUGUUAUGAACAUUUCGGCAACCGAAAAUAUUUAGUGUUUAGGCAUGUUACUGGUCGGAUGGCACUUGCUUUCUGUGCCGGAACGAUGUGAUUGUGGACGUUCGUCGUGAGAAACCGGGUGAUCCGAUCGGGCUCAAGGCGAGUUUGGUUUAAAGUCAAGAUUUUUAGCCUAAUCUGUCAAUUGUAGACGUCUCAAGCCAUGUCGAACAACGAUUCCUGUCCGACUGAAGUCAGAUUCCGAUCGACAUCGACGACGGAUUCUGAGACAACGUCUAUAGUUGAAAUUAAAGAAGCAUUAACUGGAACGUCAUCAGAUGCUGAAACACUUUCGACUUCAACAGAAACAACAGAAACUUCUUCGACGUCUACGGGUGCAUUGUCUGCUGAAUUUUCUACCAAAACAACUACCGAAGAGGAAGAGGUACACAGUUCAAGUGCAGAUGUGUCACUAUCGUCUUCUGAAAACCCGACAGAAACGCAAUCUUCUUCUUCUUCUUCUUCUUCUGAGAAUCCAAUCACAUCCAUAACCACUUCAAUAUCGUCAUCAGUACAACCAACUUCCUCUUCAUCGUCAACUUUGGUUCUCACAUCUUCUGAGACCUCGACUGAAGGAACAUCAUCGGAAAGUAUGAGCGCCAGAGCUAAGACGACGUCUUUCACGAAAGAAACAACAAAAACUACGGUAGGAUUUUGCGAAACUCUGCUCGCUCGAUCCCUACAUUUCCGUUUAAGAAACCGCCGAGCACGACCACAGAAAAGCAGUGUCCGGAAAGAUGGAAAAUGUUUCAGAGAAAGGAUGUUAUUUGGUGUUUAGCGGUCAGGAUAUCUCAUCAAAUUUCCGACUAUUCGGUUCAAAAUUUCAGUUGGUGUUCGGCACCUCGCUCACGUAUAAUAAGGGAAUCGAGGCGUGUAAGGGCUACGACGCAUAUUUGAGUGGACUGGACACCGACGGUGAAAGACAAUUUAUUAUGGGUAGGCACACGGCGACCAAAAACGAAGAAAGGGGCGUGGCCUAGCGUUUAUCACCAUUUUGGCGCGAAUUUCGAAAUUUAACCCCAUUUUUCGUGCUUUUCGUGAAAAAUUACCAGAAUUUUGUACGAUUUCGACGAUGUAAUUGCAUAACUUUGUUAAAAUUUUAAAUUUAAAUUAAAAUUUGUUAAACUAAUCAUCGCGCGCACUUUUUGAGCUUAAAACAAGCGGGUUUCAUUCAGAAUUGAAUCAAUUGAAUCGAUUUUCAAGUUUUGUGCUGAAAAUGCGCGAAUUUCAGUCAUUCGCCGAUGCUUUUUGUCGUUUGAACGCUUAAAAUACUUGUAUUAACGUGCUUAAUCACUUCCGACACUCACUUCGUCUCAAAACUGUCCAGAUCGGCCGGUAUGAAAAUUCCGAAAUUGCGGAGGCGAUUGGCCGCGGAGAGCGUAUUGCGAAAUAUGCCAAAAACGUCCCAAACGCGGCUUUUUCACGAAAAUUUCAAUGUUUUCUCUCUUUAAUGUCUUCUUUCGUCGAUAUCAAACACAAAAAUAUCGGAAAAGUGGUGGAAUUGCGGCAAUUUUCAGAAAACGCGUCUCAGAUUAGGCCACGCCCCUUUCUAGACUUUUGGUCGCCGUGAGGCAUAGAAUACCUUGCUGAACAGGGUGGGGAAGUAUUAUGACAUCUAGUUGAACACAUUUCAGAAAGAGCUAUAAACGUAUCCAAAAGUCUCGGAUACACAAACUCAAACGGAGUGUGGAUUAAUGGAAAACGGAGACAAGCAUGUGCCAGCGCCAACUGGACCAGCAUUCCAGAGUGCGAAAAAUUGGGAGUAAGCGAACUUUUCAUUUAUUUUUAAAGACUCCAUACCUUGAAAUUACUUCAGAGCUUCGAGUUCACCGAUCCGUUCCUCUACUACUUUGAUGGAUACGAGUGGGACACGGAUCAACCGAAUGGAGAGCUACAAAGCGGAUCCAUUCAGGACUGUCUUCAAUUGAUGAUUCCCAAAGACACGAAGAGUGAGCAGAUGGGAAAAGUGGAUGACACCAGGUCUCAAAAAAAAGAAUUUUUAACUGAAAACCAUUUUUUCCAGAUGCUCGUUGAGCACCGAUGGAACGUUCACUAGGAGAAUGGUGGCUUGUGGCAAAACUCUUACUUGA